AGCAACCCAAUCAAUUUUCGUAUGCUGACUCACUCCUACUGUCACUCUAGAAAUUGGCCAAGUGUAACCACUUCCUAAAGCGUAGUAUAGCGGGUUUGGGUUUUAAUGUCAACCCGGGUCCUAGAUUUAAUGACUACUCGGUGAAUUCUUGUUAUCUAGCAAUGAAACUUUAGUGCAAGUCUAAACUAACAAACAAGCAAAGCAAGUAAACGGUUGUUUUCAGGUUAAGAGAGGUCACUCGGAUAUGGUUCCCCCUAGACUGCAGUUAAGUCGGAUUGCAAUUACCAAGUUCAAUUUCUAUGAUAGUUAUACUGCGGAAGGUUCUUAAGCAGUCUGAAGUCUCGACUAAAGGUCUCCAGACCCUCUCAAUCUGAGUCUCUAGCGGGCGACUAACCUCCACCGGAGUAAACAGAUUGAGGCCCUAACGAACAAAACCUCCACUACCGAAGUGACUUCGGUACAUAAUAGUGAGUUGGCUCCUCGACUAAAGUCACCAACUCCCUACCUUCAAUCAAGGAUGCUCUAUCAACCUAGGCAGAUAUUCUCAUUCUAGGUUAAAGCAGAAACAACAGGAAUUUGAUCAGGAUUCAUGCCAUUCAAUCAUUCAAACCUCAAUUGAAUAUAAUCAAAUCAUAGAAUCAGUACUUGGGUUCAUACAAUCAAACCUAACAUACAAAUCUAGGGUUUCCCAUACCCAGAUGAAUGGGAGAACUACUCCAUGGAGAAAGAAGCAAAAGCAGAUUCAGACGCGGAAAUCAUACUGUGAAGGAUGGAUUUCUGCUCCUGGACGUUGAUCGGCACUCCUCCAAGCUCAAGCCAAGCUCCAAUGGUGAUGAAGAUCAAGCUAGGGCACUUGGGAACUCUUGUUCGUCGCUUUCUCUCUCUAGGAAUCGCUCUGUCUCUCUAAAACUCGAAUCCCCUUCUGUUUUGGCUGAAAUCUGCCUAAAAGGGCAUCACUGGGCAAAACACGGUCGAGGGCACGGCCGUGCUUUGCUCCAGCCCUCCCGUGCUUUGCCCCGUGUUAAAAACACGCCCGCGCGCAUCGGCCAAAACACGGUCGUGCCUAAAUAUGGGCACGGCCGUGUUUUGAUGUAGGCGCGCCCGUGUUUUUACUGCCGAACCUGUUCCCCUAUAUUCAAUGCUUCGUUUCUCCCUCGUCCGGACUCCGAAUCAGUCGUCGUUUGAUCCCAGACGCUCGUAGUCUUGUCCUCUUUCUUUUCAUGACAAGCUUGCAUGAUUCUUUGUCCAUAAAGUGAGGUAGAAAUCCAUUCUUCUUCAGGUCCUGCCCGAGUUUCUUCUCCCGAAUCGCCAAUUGAUCUCUGAGUGACUUGAAACUUGCGCCUAUGCUUCACUUUAUGUGCUAGGACCUGAAAUGUGACAAAGGAACAUAACCUAGCGUAAAAUAGGCCAAAGACGCGAUAAUUUAAUCUCAAACGAUCAAGAAACAAAGGGGAAAACAUGUGCAAAUAUCGAGUCAUCAUAUGCAUUCUACUCGGAAAUGCAGCAAGUAAUCACACGGAUCAUUUAAGUCAAAUCUAUGCAUAUUACUAACAAAAGCAGGUGAGAAAUCACCUGAAUACCAAUGAUGGGCCUGGAUACGGAGAGAGAGGCCCCAACUAGUGUGGAUGCUGCUCUACUAACAAAAGCAGGGAUGUAGAAGGAAAGGUGUAUUCUUAUCUCUAACAGGGAGCAAGAGAGAACCACGCUAGAAUCCAAAUCAAAUAAAAACCCGAACACUAGUGAGAAAGGACGCAGAGUGACUGACCGGAAUUGAGUGAGGCUGAGGACGGGUGGCGACGGGCGGAGUGGUGAAGGAAGAAGUUGCAUUCAGGUUUUGGAAUUAGGUUGCCGAAACUACAGUAAGAAGGAUAAAGAAGGAUACCUAAUACCACAGCCGAGGGGUUCGCGCAGACUUCUAUCUGGGCGUUACGAACCCAUCAAACCUACAGAGCCAUGGGAACAGCCAGACCAAUGCAGAAUGUUGGGACUUUUAGGGACGAGGGUAUAUGUACGAUAGCCCGAGAACCGGUCACUAGAAUUGUGAUAGAGUCGUGAGCUACGUUCAUUUUCCGAAAAGAAUAUUUCCACCCUCUACAAAGCUUUGGGUUACAUGAAAUUUCUCCCGAGGAUAAGACUAUCACCACUUUAGGUUCUAGGCUCAAGAACACUAAAGCAUACUUAGAAAAUUUUCGAAGAAAGAAGAAGAAUUUGUUUGAUCGUAUGUGGCAUCAUCCACCCCACACAUAUUUAUAGGGGCCGAAGCAGAAUCCAUGCAUUGUUUCAUGAAAGGUUGUCUUUAUCAAUACGAAAGGUUGCCAUUAUCCAUAUGAAAGGUUAUCCUUAUCCAUAUGAAGGGUUGCCUCUAUCCAUAAGGUUGUCCUUAUCCAUAAAAUAAUGCAACCGCCACUAGGCCACGGGAUGUGUCCCUUCAUGAAAUUAGAAUAUUGGUUCGGUCGGUCUAAUCCCAAACCAGUUGGUCGGUCCAACCCAAAAUCGGUUUGCCUUGGUUAGUCCGGUUCAACCAAAUUUCCAACAUUCCUCCCCCAUUUUAGUGUAUUCAUAGAAUUCACUAAAAUCACAACAUUCUUCCAACAAAACUUAAGCAUAAAUGAAAAUGUCGUGACGAUUGAAUUUUCAUCUUAGUAUAUUACACUUGACAAAUACUCGAAUUCAAAGGGCAUCAUUAACGAUUGAACCCAUUGACUCAUAUGAAUAUUUGAAGAUAAUAUACACUUAAGUUUUCA